AGGACAUUACUUGGAUUGAAGGACUGAUAUGGCGACAUCUGUGUUUAUGUUAAUAUUUGGCUUUACUUUAUGGAUUGCAGGUGACAGCAGCCACGAGGUUUCUUCUAAUGAUUGCAGGUCAGAUAUCGUUGUUAUGAAGAGACAACUAUAUAGCUUGCAAAGACAGAACUUGGAAAUACUAAGACAAAAUGAAGAAAUAUUGACAAAAUAUGAAAACAUUAUCAAACUUCUUGGAAAUGAGGAUGGGGAGCAAAAAUCGUAUGGAAAGCGUCUAUUAGUUCCAGCCUCGACAAUUGUACCUGCAACAGCAGUCGCCUUUUCUGCAGCACUAACACAUAACAUACAGCUUGGUCAGGAUCAGAUUGUUGAAUUUGACAAAGUUAUAACUAACAUUAGAAAUGCGUUUGAUUCUCGCCACAGUCAUUUCACUGCUCCAGUAAAAGGAAUAUAUUUAUUCUCUUGUUCACUAUUUGCCGAUGGUGGUAACUAUGUCCACGUUGAUAUUGUAAAAAAUGGAAAUGCAAUUGGUUAUCUAUAUGCAAACAGCAAUCACCACAUAAGCACUGAAACAGUAGUUAUUGAGUUAGAGACUGGAGAUAUGGUUUGGAUGAAACAUAGAGGAGAUCCGAUCGGCAAAGCAUUAAUUUAUGGUAGCCCAGCAGAACAGUUUAAUACAUUUUCUGGGGUGCUCAUACACCAGCUGGUAUAG